AUGCCGCACCCUCCCGGCGUUGCCUUCAUCGAUGACCACGACCACCGCCCAGUUAAUGUCGACGCCGCUACGUACUACAGCGGCGAGUUCAGUAGUCGUACUCGAACGUACAGCUACUCCCACCAGCCUUUGAACAUAAGGAAGCCCGCUUUCCAAGAAGACUGGCAUCUUCGUCCAAGGCGAUUGUCGCACGAUGAGAAGAACGUCACUGCACCGCGUCGAUUCCUGAUCGACGUUGAGGAGACCAUUCGCGUUAUUCUUGAGCAGGAAGAUACCGAUGGCGACUUCCAGAUUAGUGUCACCGAUGCUGGUCCAAAGAUGAUGGCGUUGGGGACCGCGACCAGCAAUGGCUACAAGACCUUUGAUAUCCGUGGCACAUACAUGUUAUCCAACUUACUCCAAGAGCUGGCGCUGGCUCGCGAUCACAAUCGAAAGCGCAUCAUUCUUGAUGAAGCUCGCCUCACAGAGAACCCCGUUGAUAGACUUUCUCGCAUGAUCCGACAUUCAUUCUGGCAUUCGCUUACCCGUCGCAUCGACGGAGACGGAUUAGAGAUCAUCACAGCGGAUCCGAAGAACCGCACAGGAAGGGUUAACCCCCGGAUUUAUGUACCCCAUGGGGAGCCUGCCAUGGCGGAGUAUUAUCGCAAGGUUGCCAAGGAUAAGCCACACAUGAAUUUGGACGUUCAAGUGCUCCCCGAUAAGCCCGAUGACCCUGUCUUCGUAAAAAGCUUGAACUCAAAGCCAGGUAUCCUUGCUUUGGCGAUGAAUGAAGUUGAUGACGGGAAAGGCGGUCAUAGCUUGAAAGGCAUUCCUUUCAUUGUGCCUGGCGCUCGUUUUAAUGAGUUGUAUAACUGGGACUCAUAUUUUAUCACGUUAGGUCUCCUUGUCGAUGGGCAGGUCGCUAUGGCCAAAGGGAUGGUCGAUCAUUUCAUCUUCGAAAUCAAGCACUACGGCAAAAUCCUCAAUGGAAACCGCAGUUAUUAUCUCUGCCGUACCCAGCCACCAUUCCUUACCGAUAUGGCCCUUCAGAUUUACAAUCAAUUAGACCGUUCAGACGAAGAUGCUAACCGUCGCUGGUUGAAGAGGGCAAUUCAGGCAGCGGUCAAGGAAUACCACACUAUAUGGGUGGCAGAGCCACGCAUGGAUCCGAAGACUGGACUUUCCAGGUAUCGCCCGGAUGGCUUGGGCAUACCACCCGAAACCGAGGCGACUCAUUUCACCCAUAUCCUGGAGCCCUACGCCCAGAAGCAUGGUCUUUCUGUCCUCGAAUUCAGCGAAAAGUACAACGCUGGCAUUCUGAAAGAACCCGAUUUGGACGAGUACUUCUUGCAUGACCGCGCCGUUCGGGAAUCAGGACAUGAUACAACGUACCGCUUUGAGAAACGAUGUGCCAACCUUGGGACAAUCGAUCUGCAGGCUUUGCUCUACAAGUACGAGGUCGACAUCGGUACCGCCAUUCGCGAAGUGUUUGAUGACGAGCUCGAUCUCGAGGAGGACUUCCCUCUUGCCCCAUUCCCGCCGUCAGUAGAAUCCUACGGGAAUCCCCAUAGAGAAAGCUCCAAGCGUCGUCCUCAGUCGAGCGAGGAGUGGUUUGAGAGAGCGGAGUUUAGAAGGGGUAUCAUCGACAAGUACUUGUGGAACGAAAGCAAGAGCUUGUACUUCGACUACGACACUGUCAAGGAGCAACAAAUCUUGUAUGAGAGUGUCACGGCUUUUUGGGCGCUAUGGGCCGGGUGUGCGAGCGACGAACAGUGUUGGAAGCUUGUGUCCAAUUCCUUGAAGAAGUUCGAGGUCCUCGGAGGAGUUGUAUCCGGUACGGAGGAGUCGAGAGGAAAGAUCUCGCUCGAUCGACCUAAUCGUCAAUGGGACUAUCCUUAUGCCUGGCCACCUCAUCAAAUCAUGACAUGGGUUGGCUUGGAAAGAUACGGAUAUCUUGAAGAGGCCCAACGCCUGUCCUAUCGUUUCCUUUACAUGAUGACUACAGCUUUCGUAGACUUCAAUGGUGUAGUUCCUGAGAAGUUCGACGCCGUCAAACUUUCGCAUCUCGUAGAUGCUGAGUACGGAAAUCAGGGUAUUGAUUUCAAAAUGGUUCCACGAGAAGGAUUCGGAUGGAUGAAUUCUGCCUAUCAAGUAGGCCUAUCAUUCUUGACAACGCACAUGCGACGCGCCGUCGCUGCGUGCACAAGUCCUGAAGUGUUCUUCAGCAACAAUGCACAGAGCGAGUCUGCCUUGAUGACGCAAAACCUACCUUCCACAGAUCCUUUGGGGCUGGCUAUGGAGGCCCUUCAUCUCUGA